CCUUAAGGUACCUUACAACGUACUUUACCUAAGGUAGUCUCAACCUCACUACCUACACUUUACUCGCCUUACCUCACCUUAAUAAUUCAACUCGCCUUGGCCAUCAAAGACUAGCGGAACACACUGGAGAAUCUGAUAGUUUAACAGCUGCCCCUCUACUCGCCGGCGUUAGCCCACUCCCCCGAACCAAGACAACUUCUUACACACAAAUAUCGGCACUGCAAACGUGCCCAUGGCAGAACCAGCAGAGAUUCCCGCCAUAGCCGUCCCGGGCAAGACCCUGGGCCCGGCGACACAGUACCUCCCUGGUCCGGGAACCCACGUCUACGAGGGCCAGGUUGUGUCCUCUCUCCUCGGCCAAGUGGUGGUUACUCCCGCGCCGUCAUCGUCCAAGACCGCGGGCGGCCCGGCCAAGCGGCUGACGCGCAUCGCGGGGGCGCUGGACAGGGGCGAGCGGGCGACCAUCUCGGUGUCGCGGCACGGCGGGCGGAAGCGCGAGGUCCUCCCGGACGUCAACAACGUGGUGCUGUGCCGCGUGGUCCGGCUGAUGCCGCGGCAGGCCAUCGUGACGAUACAGCAGGUGGGAGACACGGUGCUGCAGACGGAGUGGCAAGGCGUCAUUCGGUCGCAGGACGUGAGGGCUACCGAGAAGGAUAAGGUUAAAAUUCACGAGUCGUUUAAGCCCGGCGAUAUUGUACGGGCCCAGGUGAUCUCGCUGGGUGACCAAGCAAACUAUUACCUCUCUACGGCGAGCAACGAGUUGGGUGUCAUCAUGGCGACCAGUGAAUCCGGCAACGACAUGGUCCCCAUCAGCUGGAAGGAGUAUCUUGACCCCGAGACGGGCGUAGCUGAACCACGAAAGGUUGCAAAGCCAAAUUGAGUGCCUACAAGGUGUUUUUCGCGAUUAGGGCACAUUGCCCCUUAAUUCAGCCUUGGUCAAGGAUGCAGGGCGAAUGGCACCGUCUUACUGAAUAUUAAGACGUUUUCUCUUCAUAUUUAGCCAUUGGAGGAGCAGACCGAUUUUGUCAGAUGAUGGCUGAAAAGGCUUAUCUGACCAGUGCCACCAAGUCUCGGUCAUCGACACGGGGAUAUGAGUACGAUAUCGCAAAGGGGAAGGGAUCUGGAAUUGAAAGUGUCUGGCCUGCUUACGAUAAGAGCAAGACACCACCAGCUCUCGCAUUCCAGGAGGGGCAGAGGGGCUCAUGAGAAAGAAGACGCAAAAAUGCAUCGGCGUGUCGUGUCAAAUCACCAACUGUGAUGCGAUGCGCCGGACCUGAACCAAAAUAAGGGGUGUUGGUCAUCUAGCAAAAUUUUCAUAUACCAGGAGCAGAUUAAGGAGAUAUUUUGUGCAGAAAUUGACCUCCAU